AUGGUCCGUCUGUGCAGUGCUUCUUUGGGUCGUUAUGCCCCACAAGACCAAGGUCUUAUAAUGUGCCUGGAAGUGACCUCGACCUUGACUUUUGACGCAGUACAGAUCCGUAUGUUGACACAGGCUGGUCGACUCAGCAGGCUAGCCCCUCUUCCAAGAGUUGAAACCGCAGUCGGAUAUUUCGCGACAAUAGGCAAAGACAAAACGACGGAUGUGACAGGCGGGGAUAAUACAGAAUACAUUACUCCAAAGUAA